CUAGAAAAUCAUAUACACAGGAGAAAAUCGAUAGAGAUGUCGACGGAAGAUGUUGUUCUUUUGGACUGCUGGGUUAGCCCUUUCUGCAUGAGGGUGAAAAUUGUGUUGGAGGAAAAGGGCAUCCAAUAUGAAGAGAGAGCUGAAGAUCUAUUUGGAGGCAAGAGUGAGCUGCUCCUCACAUCCAACCCGAUUUACACCAAGGUGCCUGUGCUGCUUCACAAGGGAAAACCAGUGUGUGAGUCAAGCAUCAUUGUUGGCUACGUUGAUGAGACCUGGGCUUCUCCACCAUUGCUCCCAUCUUGCCCUUAUGCUCGUGCUCAGGCCAAGUUCCAGGCCGACUACAUUGACAAAAAGCUGUACGAUGCAGGAAGCAGUAUAUGGAGGACCAAAGGAGAAGCACAAGAGGUAGCUGUAAAAGACUUUAUAGAAGUCUUAAAGCAGCUAGAGAAAUUUCUCGGGGACAAAGAUUUCUUCGGUGGAGAUAGCUUUGGUUUUGUUGACAUCAUAACGAUCGGUAUAACGAGCUGGUUCUCUGCAUAUGAAAAGUUUGGAAACUUCAAGGUUGAAGACCACACACCAAAGUUGUCUGCUUGGAUUAAUAGGUGCAUGCAGAGAAAGACAGUAGCCAAAGUCAUUCCAGACCCAGAAAAAGUCUAUGAAUUCGUCAUCAAUCUCAAAAAGAUGAUGGGAUUUGAAUAGAGAUCGAUAAUCCUUACUUCGUUGAUGAUCGGAUUUACUAGUACUUUGUGUACUUGAUCUCUUAAUUUCUGUUCUAAUACUUUGAAAAAUAAGGAACAAAUAAUCAUGCUCCUUCUUGAUCAGUCGCUGUAUUGUACGAGAAUAGGAAAAUGAGUCUUCUCAAGGGGGACAGUUUGAAAACUUUUGUUUUCAGCUAAAUAAAUGGAACUUUGUGACAUGUUAUGAUUUUGUAAUUUUGGCCUCUCUCUUUAAGUAAAGUUCAAUGUUGCAGUGUUUUGUAGAA